UAUUGCUUUCUUUCCAUAUCAAAACAUGGUAGAUAUUGAUGAUAAAUUACUUGCAUACCACUAUACUAUCUUUCCAAGUUCUGGUUUGAAGCUUGAACGUGUGACAUUUUCGCACCAGUGAUUCUGACAGCAUAGCUUUCAAAACCAUGGCGUCUUUUUCAGUUGUCCUUCUUUCUCCUCUCACUUAUAUAUAUAUCGGAAUUUGCCAUUAACGCUGUAGUACAAACACACCACUGGCAGAUAUGAUCUUCGUAGAGGGCGAUGAUGGCAAAGUAGGGUCGAAUCGCCAACCCGUAGCAGCAGUAUCAGCUGAUCGCAAGCAGGAAGAGCAUUUACCCUCUUAUGAUGACGCCGCCCAACUGCGUGACGCUGAAUCCAACGUGGGCACAAUAUCAAGUGCUUCAGAAUCCAUCAUUCCAUCCCAUCCGCCUCUUACGUCCAAGCCGACUAAUUUUCUGUCUCUUACGCCAAAGGAUAGAUCGAUCACAGGAUGUUAUGCUAUCAAUCCCUUCCUCUCUAUCCCUGCAUCCCUCCUUGCACCUCUUCUUGAAGGUGAAUCAGAAGCGGACAGAAAAAAUCUCGACUUGCAAUCGAAACAGGGAUACAUUGACGUUGACAUCUCGUUGAUGACUCCCGACGAAAGUGAUUCCAACCUGAAUCCGAAAUCCCGGGCCACCUUAUAUCUCAGCUCUAACCAUGGUUCUGUGUCUACAAGAGUCUAUGCCGUUGGUCGCCCAAUUCCUUUUUUCUUGAACGUAAACUGCCCGAAUGGUCAGGUCACUGUCUACCUUCCGCGUUCGUUCUGUGGCCUUCUUCUACUUACCACGAAGCAUGGAACCGUUUCGCUCUCAAAUGAACUUUCUGCAAACUCUACAACAUUGAGUCAAGUCGACAUGACAAUGCGCUAUUUCCUAGGCGACUUCAGCGCAAUGACCGAAGAUGAAUGGUCUGGUGACGAAUUAAAAGUUGACGCCAACAAUGGUAGGAUUAGAGUCAGAUAUGUGGAUGAACUGAACGUUCGCAAGCCAGGCUUAUUUAGCCGUAUGUUUGGCCUGUGAAUUAGGUAUCAAUCUCUUGCUUUCUAAAUACUCGCCAUAGUGAUAUCAAUAUAUUCGCGAGCUUUUCACAUGGAAAAUGCAUACGUUGUUAAAGUUCGACUUAAACACAAAUCAGGUAAUUGAGGACGCUUCUUCAAUUUCAACAGGCUCAUAGGCUUGCAUUCGCAUCAACAUGGCGGCGAACCUUCAAGCUUCAAAUUUAGCAACGUUCAAACGUUCAUCCGGAAGUCGAAGCCGCGCUAGCUUGUAAUUAACCUGUGUCGCUCUCGACCAUAAUAUCGCCUGAAACGC